CCUCCGACUUAAUUGUGGGAUUCUUCAAUUAUUGUUGAUUUCUCCCCAGUGACUGAUUUUCGGGAAGCUACCUGUAGGCAGUAUGAGGAGGAUGCAUGCAACCGAGGUGGCUACUGUAACUUCAUGCGUCUGAAAAGAAUUAGCAGGGAGUUGAGGCACCAAUUAUUUGGGAAGCGUAGGAGCAGACGCAGCCGUAGCAGGAGCAGGAGUCCCUAUCGGCACCGUAGUUAUGAUGACCGCUCACAUGGGAGUCGGAGUCACAGCAGAACGCAUGAUGACCGUGAUCACCAUGGAAGUCGAAGCAGGAGGCGCAAGAGCACAAGUCCAAGAAGUAGGAGGGGUAGAAGCCGAAGUCCAGGUGGCAGGAGGAAUCGUAGUCCUGUAAGGGAAGGAAGUGAAGAGAGGCGUGCUAAAAUUGCAGAGUGGAAUAGGGAGAAGGAAGAAGCAGAGCAUGCUAACAGCAAGGCAAGUGUUGGCGGUGAGGAUCGAAGAGCUGGAAAUGACGACUCCCACAUUGUGGAGAAUGAAGGAAACGAUGUACGAAGGCAGCAGAAUGGAUAUAGGUACUGACAAUAUUAGCGAUGGUAUGUUCUUGCUCCCUUUCCACCUGUGUAUUCUGGAUUUUUUCACACUG